CUUAGCGACGGACCGUAUAUUAGCAACACGGCAGACAUCUUGAAUUCAAACAAGCUCCACGAUAAAAGCAGGUUGGAGUUUGCUGUGAUUAAACUACUAUGGCUCUACCUUUCCUGCCAGGCCAAGUUUUUGAUCGAAAGAUUGGGAAAAGCAAGUUUCACAAGUCACAAUUAUUUGAUUACCGGAAUGAUGUAUCAUCCUUUGUAGGUGAAGAUAAAAGUGGAAUUGGAGGAGAUCCUUUACCAGGACAAAAGUUAAAACCGAGACACAGUGGUUAUCCAAAGGGUAUUGGUGGAGAGGCACCCGCCUGGGUUGCAUUUGACAGACAGGUUUUGUGCUUUGAUGCUUAUUUCCAAGAAGCAGUACAUGAGAAAAGAGAGGAGCAAUACAGGAUUAGAAGAUGCAAAAUUUACUUUUAUUUGGAGGAUGACAGUAUCCAAGUGAUUGAGCCAAAAGUUGAAAACAGUGGGAUUCCACAAGGAACAUUGAUUCGUCGUCAUCGCAUUCCACUACCUUCGCCUAAUGAUGAAGAGUUUUACACAGUGGAGAACUUUAAUGUUGGUCAGGAAAUCACGCUUUACUCCCGCACAUUUAAGAUCACUGGAUGUGAUGAUUUUACUCAUAAUUUUCUCCGUAAACUUGGAGUCAGGAUACGCAACCCAGAAAACAUUCCAACAGAUCCAUAUACAGACCACCGCAAAAAGCUGGUGGAGAGCAUGCAGCCAUUACGUCCUUAUGAGAAAGAGGACACUCUCAAGCAGUUUCUUCAGUUUGAUCGCAACGUGUUGCGAUUCUUCUGUGUUUGGGAUGACAGUGACAGUAUGUUUGGUGAUGCACGUGAGAUGGAGAUGCAUUAUUUCCUUGCUGAUGACACUGUAGAGAUCUGUGAGCGUAUUCCAAACAACAGCGGUAGAGAUGCAGUGCCCAUGUUCCUCAGAAGACAAAGGCUACCAAAGGAGCCUACAUCAUUGCGGCAACCAGGGGAGAUUACAGGCAGAACAGUGCUGAAUGUUUUUGGUCCCAUGGGACAUGGCGGGAGAUGGAUUUUGGACAGCCUUAAGACUGGUGCAGUGUAUACAGAUUACUAUCAGGACAAUGAUCUCACCAUAGGCAGUGUUAUUAAUGUGUGGGGCCGGAAAUUCCGUAUCUGUGACUGUGAUGAGUUCACCAAAGAGUAUUACAAGUCAAAAUAUGGACUACAGGAAUUUGAAAGUAUCAACUUUAAAGCCGACCCAGAGCCCCUGGCACCCCGAGAGAUCCCCCCAUAUAACGGAUUUGGUUCUGAGGAAGACUCGCUGGCUACUUGUCUCAGUCUCAGACCCAAGCCCACUCGGAGAGAUUUCAAGAAGUUCAUGGAAAAAGACAGACAUGGUUUGGAAAGUAAUGUUCUUCGAUUUGUUGCGCGUCUGGACACGACGCGUCCCAUUGACAUGGACAGAAGGUUCAUCAUCUCUUACUUUCUGUCUGAUGACACAAUUCUUGUGUUUGAGCCACCCCAGAGGAACUCUGGGAUACUCGGCGGCAAGUUCCUGGAGCGAGGACGAAUUAAGAAACCGGAUGGUGUCAAUUAUUUUAUCGCUCAAGAUUUAUACAUCGGUGCUGAUGUGGCGUUCCACAACUUCCAGUUUAUUCUGAUUGACGCGGAUGAAUAUGCCGUGAAUUACAUGGAAAAACACUCCGCAGACUUUCCCCAGGCCAACAUUCAAUUUAUUCUUCCAAAACUGAAGCGAAUUCUGGAACAAAAAUACGAAGAAAUUAAAGCCGACUUCCAGCAACACGAUCCUGGUAACGAGGGAAGAAUCCCUGGCGAUAUUUUCAGGGGAAUCUUACAGAAGUUCGGGCAAAAUCUCUUGACUGUCCACGAGCAAUUAACUGUGUCCAGAUACUUUGGUGCCUUGACGGAGAAAGAAGAUGAUUUGCAAAUAUUGGUAGUGGCAGUUCAAGAACAGCUUAGAAAAGCUAACUUUGAAGAUUUCUCCAACAUGAUGGAUGCAUGUAGACACGAGGAUGUCCUUGGAACUGGAUUCCUUCCCAUUCAAGAACUCCACAACGCAUGCAAAAGGUUUAACGUGCCCGCCAAGUCGGAUUUACUCCAAGCCAUUUUGGAAAGAGUUGAACGAAACGACAAGAACGAAGGGAACUAUGAACACUUCCUAAAACUACUUAACUGGAGGGACUCUCCAGUCACAACCCAGAAGUUUGUCCCAGCCGCAGCUCCAGAUCCCAAGUCAAUGCAGCGGGUUGGUCCGCAGGAAUUUGUAUGUUUAGUCAGCUACAAGGAUCUUUUACAAAAUCUUCUUGAGGUGGACUAAGCUUGCAUCACAGAGGAUAUUAUUCUGCCUUUACAAGGAAUUCUUCACCCUAUUAGUUGGAAGAUUGUAUAACCCUAAAAAAUUGUCAUGCAGGACUCUAUAGUUUGCCGGAUUGCAAUAAACUGUUAUUUUUUCACCGAAGAGUAGAAGAAAACCGAAUGGAGAUGUUCCUUUAUUUUAAUUGUACAUAAACUGGUUGUAUUGUUAUGAUGGAGUUCUGAGCUUUGUAAGUAUUCAAAUGGUAAUAAAAGUUAUCAUAACAGG